ACCCUCACGCCUGGAUCCCCAGAGUAGCGCGAGACAGGAGGCGCAACGCACCGAGGAACUUCACUGCUAAUGUCUGGAACUAACUCCAUAAAACAGGCGUCAAUUUAAUAUUUACAAUUUACAAUCUUCCUUUAUAGGAUGUUUGUUCGGGAUUGUUUCAUACUUCUUCCAAAGGAACUACUGAAGAGGAGCUGGAACUUCUUGUAGCUGCUAUGAAUAAAGCCUAGCGACCCUCUCGUGGUUAUUUUGGCGCGGUGAUUAUAAUAAUAAUACUUAUCUCCUGAGUGAAGGUGAGAGCUCUGGGAGGAUAUUUAGGAUGAGUUGGAAGAGGAAUUUGAGAUGUUUUGCUGGUUGCAUGGCUCUGCUUUGCGCUCUGGUGGGGAAUUUAGCCGGAGAGAUGCCCGGGAGGAGCGCGUUUCAGGUGGAGCGCAGCUCCGAGAGCCGAGUGAGGAGACGCGGAAAGCAGGAGUCCCUCAGAGGGCCAAAUGUGUGUGGAUCUCGUUUGCACUCCUACUGCUGUCCAGGCUGGAAGACUUUGCCUGGGGGCAACCAGUGUAUCGUGCCCAUAUGCCGGAACAGCUGUGGAGAAGGCUUCUGUUCUCGACCCAACAUGUGCACAUGCCCCACUGGUCAAAUUGCUGCUUCUUGUACUGCCAAAUCAUCUCAGCAAUGUAGCAUCAAGUGUAUGAAUGGUGGUGUGUGCGAGGCAGAUCACUGCCAGUGUCAGAAGGGUUACACAGGAAACUACUGUGGGCAGCCGGUGUGUGAAAAGAAGUGCCAGAAUGGAGGGCGCUGCAUUGGGCCCAACCGGUGUGCAUGUGUGUAUGGUUUCACAGGUCCACAGUGUGAAAGAGAUUACAGAACAGGUCCAUGCUUCUCCCAGGUUGUCAACAAAAUGUGCCAGAGCCAGGUCAGUGGCAUUGUGUGCACUAAGACGCUGUGCUGUGCCACCGUUGGCCGAGCCUGGGGUCACCCGUGCGAGGAAUGCCCUGCUCAACCACAACCCUGCCGUAGAGGCUUCAUCCCCAACAUCCGCACUGGAGCCUGCCAAGAUGUUGAUGAAUGCCAGGCUGUGCCAGGUCUGUGCCAAGGAGGAAACUGCAUCAACACAGUAGGAUCAUUUGAGUGCAAGUGUCCCGCUGGGCAUCGGUUAAAUGACGUCUCAAAUAAGUGUGAGGAUGUGGAUGAAUGUUCCACUAUUCCACAUGUGUGCGAAGGAGGACAGUGCACCAACUCAGUUGGGAGUUUCUCCUGUGUGUGUCCAUCUGGAUCUGUGCUGUCUGCAGACAAGACUCGAUGCUUUGGCCAGCACACAGGCUCCUGUUUUGCAGCUGUGUUGAGUGGACGCUGUGCUCAGGAGAUGUCUGGGCACCAAACUAAAGCACAGUGCUGUUGUGACAGAGGCCGCUGCUGGGCCAGAGGGACAGUGCCAGAGAUUUGUCCUAGUCGCAGAUCUGAUGAAUUCCACAGGUUGUGUUUAGAGGGAGGAUAUCCAGAUGUGGAUCCUGGCAUUAAAGUGGACAGAGUUCCUCACCAGCCCUUUGGACAUGAUGGCCAACCACUUUAUCCAACAAAUGGGAAUGGUCCAAUAUAUCCAGAGCUUCCACACAUCCCUCAUGUCCCUCAAAUCCCACAAAUCCCUCAUGUCCCUCAUGUCCCUCAAAUUCCUCAAAUCCCACAAAUCCCUCAAAUUCCUUAUAUUCCUAUUAAUGGACAUGGCAAUGGCAAUGGACAAAGACCUCAAGGACCUGUUGUUAGUUUAAAUCAGACAACAAACAAAUGCCUACUGAUGCCUAACUUGUGUCUUAAUGGCCGAUGCAUCCCAGUGGGGUUUGGUCACCGCUGUGAAUGUAACAUUGGUUACAAAUUGGACAGUCAAAUGGAGUGUUCAGAUGUAGAUGAAUGUGCUUCUGGACCGUGUGCAAAUGGAGACUGUGUGAACACUGCUGGCUCUUACUACUGCAAGUGUCAUACCGGCUUUCACAGGCCUCCAGGCAAGCAAGCCUGCAUUGACACUGAUGAAUGCCUGCAUAACGGAUUGCUUUGUCAGAACGGCCGCUGUCUGAACAUGCCAGGUAGCUUUCGAUGCAUCUGCAACGCAGGCUUCCAGCUAACACCAGAUGGCAGAAAUUGUAUGGACCAUGAUGAAUGUUCCAUAACAAACAUGUGCUUGAACGGCAUGUGCAUCAAUGAAGAUGGCAGCUUUAAAUGUGUCUGCAAACCUGGUUUCACACUCGCCCCUAGCGGGCGCUACUGCACAGAUAUUGAUGAGUGCUUGAACCCUGGUAUCUGCAUAAAUGGGCGGUGUAUAAACACAGAUGGGUCUUACAGGUGUGAGUGUUUGGCAGGAUUAGCUGUUGGGCCUGAUGGUCGCUCAUGUGUGGACACACAUAUGCGCAGCACCUGCUACGGAGCUAUAAAAAAGGGUGUGUGUAUUCACCCUUUCCAUGGAGCGGUCACCAAAUCAGUGUGCUGCUGUGUGAGUUCAGACUACAGCUUUGGGGAGCCUUGCCAGCCGUGCCCUGCCUUGAACUCGGCGGGAUUCAAUGCCUUGUGUCCAAGUGGGAUCGGAUUUUCAGUCGACGGAACAGACAUUAAUGAGUGUGCACUGGAUCCUGAUAUUUGCUCUAAUGGAGUAUGUGAGAAUCUGAGAGGAAGCUACCGCUGUAUCUGCAACUCAGGCUAUGAGACUGACCAGAACAACCGUGCCUGUCUUGAUAUUGAUGAAUGCCUGGUGAACAGAUUGCUGUGUGAUAAUGGAUUGUGCAGAAAUGUUCCAGGUAGCUACACCUGUACAUGUCCACUGGGUUAUGUCUUCAGACAGGACACAGACACGUGCGAAGAUGUGAAUGAAUGCGAGAGCAGUCCAUGUAUUAAUGGAGCAUGUAAGAACAAUGCAGGCUCUUUCUCGUGCGUAUGCUCUCCCGGCAGCGUGAUCGAUCGGACCGGCCUAAUUUGCAUCGACUCUUUGAAGGCAACAUGCUGGAUGAACAUCCAAGAAGGCCGCUGUGAGAUGAAUAUAAAUGGCGCCACAUUGAGGUCUGAGUGCUGUGCAACUCUGGGAGCUGCAUGGGGAAGUCCCUGUGAGCCCUGUGAGAGGGAUCUCGUUUGUCAAAGAGGCUUCACACGACCAAGUGGGACCAUUUGUGAAGAUGUCAAUGAAUGUGAAGUGUUUCCUGGCGUGUGUCUGAAUGGACGAUGCGUGAACACACAAGGCUCUUUUAAGUGCCAGUGUCCUGAAGGACUGACGCUGGAUGGCUCCGGGCGUCUCUGUAUUGACAUUCGCUCUGAGCUUUGCUAUCUGACCUAUGACGAGGACAUGUGUGGUCAGCCAGUGCCUGGAAGAUUCAGGAUAGAUGUAUGCUGCUGCACAGUUGGAGCUGCCUGGGGGAAGGAGUGUGAGGCAUGUCCUGAGCCUGGUACACGCGAGUAUGAAAUGCUGUGUCCGAGAGGACCUGGCUUUGCAAACCGUGGGGACAUAAUUACAGGCAGACCGAUGUAUAAAGACAUUAACGAGUGUAAAGUGUUUCCCAGUAUGUGUACAUACGGAAUAUGCCGGAACACAAUUGGGAGCUUCAGAUGUCGCUGCAAUAGCGGGUUUACUCUGGAUAUGGAUGGACGUAACUGCACAGACAUUGAGGAGUGUCAGAUCUCCCCUGACCUGUGUGAACAUGGGACGUGUGUGAAUACUCCAGGCAGUUUUGAUUGUGACUGCUCGCCAGGUUAUGAGAGCGGCUUCAUGAUGAUGAAGAACUGUAUGGAUAUUGACGAGUGUGAACGGAAUCCUGCACUGUGUCGUGGAGGCUCCUGUGUGAACACAGAUGGUAGUUACCAAUGUGUGUGUUUACCUGGCUAUCAGUUAUCUGAGGAUGGGGAGGCUUGCGAAGAUGUUAAUGAGUGUGAACUAAGUGCUACUCUGUGCCCCAAUGGGGAGUGUGUAAAUGUGGCUGGCACUUACCAUUGCUCUUGCUUUUCCGGAUACCAGUCAGUCCCAGACAGAAAAGGGUGCACAGAUAUAGAUGAGUGCACUAUUGAGAAUGGAGGCUGUGAUUUUCACUGCACUAACUCAGAGGGCAGCUAUACAUGUGCCUGUGUUCAGGGGUAUGCCUUAAUGCCUGAUCAGAGAACCUGCACAGAUGUGGAUGAAUGUGAAGAAGAGCCUGAUAUAUGUGAUGGUGGUCAGUGCACUAAUGUACCCGGAGAGUACCACUGUGAUUGCUUUGAAGGAUACAUGUCUUCAUUAAUCACAAAAACUUGUAUAGAUGUGAACGAGUGCGAGCUCAAUGCCAACAUCUGCAUGUUUGGAGAGUGUGAGAACACCAAGGGCUCAUUUAUCUGCCAUUGUGAGGUUGGCUACUCUGUGAAGAAGGGUUUGUCAGGCUGCACAGACGUUGAUGAAUGUAAGAUCAAUGCCCAUGACUGUGCCAUACAUGCCACCUGUGUCAACACCGCUGGAAGCUUCCAGUGCUCAUGUAAUGAGGGUUGGGUGGGCGAUGGGGUAAAAUGUGUUGAUGUGGAUGAAUGCACCAAUCAGACCCACAAGUGCAGUCCUGAUGCUAACUGUAUGAACACACCUGGCUCAUACCACUGUGCCUGUUCAGAGGGUUUUAAAGGAGAUGGUUUAAGAUGUUUAGACAUAGACGAGUGCACUGAGAAUGCUGAUGUAUGUGAAAAUGGCCAGUGUCUAAACAUCCCUGGAGACUAUCGCUGUGACUGUGAGAUGGGCUUUGCUGCAACCCCUGACAGCAGAGCUUGCCAAGAUAUCGAUGAAUGUGCCUUUCAGCAGCUCUGUGUGUUUGGUACAUGUAAAAACCUCCCGGGCAUGUUCCGCUGCAUCUGUGAAGAAGGCUACGAGUUAGACCGAUCCGGGGGCAACUGCACAGAUGUUGAUGAGUGCUUGGACCCUAUCAACUGUGUGAAUGGCUACUGUGUGAACACACCAGGAUCUUAUGAAUGUAACUGCCCUACAGACUAUGAACUUAACCCAACUGGGGUCGGCUGUGUGGACCCACGUGUAGGGACCUGCUUCCUCGAUGUGCUGAACCGUGGGCGCGCUGGCCUGGCUUGUAGUGUGGAGGUGGGCAUUGGUGUUAGUCGCUCAGCCUGCUGCUGCUCCCUGGGCAGAGCCUGGGGAAACCCCUGUGAAUUCUGCCCCCCUGCUAACUCCUCGGACUAUAACACCCUGUGUCCAGGAGGAGAGGGAUUCAGGCCCAACCUAGUGACGAUUAUACUGGAGGACAUAGAUGAGUGCCAGGAGCUUCCUGGUCUUUGCCAAGGUGGAGACUGCAUCAACACGUUUGGCAGCUUCCAGUGUGACUGCCCAAAUGGCUACCACCUCAAUGCAGACAGCCGUAUUUGUGAGGAUAUUGAUGAAUGUUUGGUGAAUCCUGGGAUUUGUGGUCCAGGCACGUGCUAUAACAUACUGGGCAACUACACAUGUGUGUGUCCUCAGGAUUACAUGCAGGUUAAUGGAGGCAACAAGUGCAUGGACAUGAGGAAAAGCCUCUGCUUUCGCAACUACAAUGGCACGACAUGUGACAGUGAGCUGGCCUUCAACAUUACACAUCGCAUCUGCUGCUGUGGAUAUAACAUGGGCAAAGCCUGGAACAAACCCUGUCAGAAAUGUCCCAUACCAGGCACUGAGGGCUUUCACACUCUUUGUGGAAAUAUUUCACCAGGGUUUGAAAUUAACAUUGAAACUGGAAAACCUGUUGAUAUUGAUGAGUGUCAGGAGAUUCCAGGGAUCUGUACCAAUGGUGUAUGCAUCAACCAUAUUGGAAGUUUUCACUGUGAAUGUCCAAGAGGAUUCAGCUACAAUGAUUUGCUUCUUAUUUGCGAAGACAACGACGAGUGCAGUGGUUCAGAAAUCUUGUGCCAGAGGAAUGCAGACUGUAUUAACAGCCCUGGCAGCUAUCGCUGUGAAUGCUCAGAUGGCUUCAAACUUUCACCCAUUGGAGCCUGUAUAGACCGAAAUGAGUGUUUGGAAACUCCCAACCUUUGCAGUCAUGGCAAGUGUGUGGACAUCCAAGGUGGCUAUAUGUGUACAUGCCAUGUCGGCUUUAUGGCCACCCCCAACGGCAAGAUGUGCAUGGACAUCGAUGAGUGUGUGCGUCAGCCCUGUAGAAAUGGCACAUGUAAGAAUACUGUGGGAUCCUACAACUGCCUAUGCCAUCCAGGCUUUGAGCUCACUCUAAACAACCAGUGCACAGAUAUCAACGAAUGUUCAGCAGCAUACAGUCAGCUGUGCAGAAACGGGCAUUGCCUAAACAGCAUUGGCUCCUUCCAUUGCCUGUGUGAGGAUGGAUAUGAUCUAACCAAUGAUGGGAAGAACUGCAUUGAUGUGAAUGAGUGUUUAAUGCUACCGGGAAUAUGUGCUCCCGGAACAUGCCAGAAUUUGGAUGGCUCUUUUCGCUGUAUCUGUCCGCCUGGUUACAUUGUACAGAACAAUCAGUGUGUAGAUGAGAAUGAGUGUGAGGAGGACCCCAACAUCUGUCUGUUUGGCUCAUGUUACAACAACCCUGGCAGCUUCCACUGUGUGUGCAAACCAGGCUUUGUUCUCUCGGAAAGUGGACGUCGCUGUUAUGACACAAGAGAGAGCUUUUGCUUCACCCGCUUUGAGAAUGGAAAGUGCACCAGCCCUCAGCCUUUCAACACCACCAAAGACAAGUGCUGUUGUAGCACCAUGUCCAAUGAGGGCUGGGGCUACCCCUGUGAACUCUGCCCCAAAGAACAUGAUGCUGGAUUUCAGGACCUGUGUCCUUUUGGUUAUGGAAUCAUUCCAGGGAUUGGGGAUACAAUCAUUGAUAUGAAUGAAUGCGUGGAGAACCCAGGCAUUUGUCACAACGGCCACUGCAUCAACACUGAUGGCUCCUUCCGCUGCGAGUGUUCUACAGGCUACACACUCAAUUACACUGGAAUACAUUGUAUUGACGUUGAUGAGUGUGCAGUGGGGAACCCAUGUGGAAACGGUACUUGCACUAACAUGAUGGGUAGCUUUGAGUGCAACUGUGAGGAAGGAUUCGAGCCAGGGCCCACUAUGACAUGUGAAGAUAUAAACGAAUGUAGGCAAAACCCUUUGCUUUGUGCCUUCCGAUGCAUUAAUACAUUCGGAGGAUACGAGUGCUCCUGUCCAUCUGGCUACACACUCCGUAAUGAUGGGAGAAUGUGUCAGGACCUGGAUGAGUGUGCAGAAGGUUUACAUGACUGUGACACCUGGGGUAUGAACUGUAAAAACCUCAUUGGAACCUUCAUGUGCAUGUGUCCUCCUGGAACGGUGCGCAAGAUGGAUGACGAAGUGUGUCAUGAUGAGAAUGAGUGUCGCACUAAGCCAGGUAUUUGCGAGAAUGGCCACUGCGUGAACACUAUAGGCAGUUACGUGUGUGAAUGUGGAGAAGGCUUCCAGCCUGACUCAACACGCACUCAGUGCCUUGACUACAGACAAGGCUUCUGUUUCACUGAGGUGCUGCAGACCAUGUGCCAGAUGUCUUCCAGCAGCAGAAUACCCAGCACCAAAUCCCAGUGCUGCUGUGAUGGUGGGCGUGGCUGGGGGAACCAGUGUGAACUUUGUCCUUUGCCAGGCACGCUCAAGUACAGAAAACUGUGUCCACAUGGGCCAGGUUAUGCCACAGAUGGCACAGAUAUCGAUGAGUGUAAGGUCAUACCAAACAUAUGUAAGAAUGGCCAGUGUAUCAACACUAUUGGUUCGUUUAAGUGCCACUGUAGUCCAGGCUACACAGCCACCAUUACAGGCACAGCUUGUGUUGACUUGGAUGAGUGCGCAAUGUCUCCAAAGCCAUGCAACUUCAUCUGCAAGAACACAGAGGGCAGCUAUAUGUGCUCCUGUCCACGUGGCUAUAUCUUGCAAGAGGAUGGCAGAACAUGUAAAGAUUUGGAUGAAUGCCUGUUAAAGAGGCACAACUGCCAGUUUAUGUGUAUUAACACCAUCGGAGGCUUCGCUUGCAAAUGUCCUGCAGGAUUUACACAACACCACACUGCCUGUAUGGAUAAUAAUGAGUGUGCUGCAGAGCCCAGUCUGUGUGGAGCUAAGGGCAUUUGCCAGAACUCUCCAGGCAGCUUCAGCUGUGAAUGUCAGCAGGGGUUUAACCUGGACUCUACAGGCCUGCACUGUGAAGAUGUUAAUGAGUGUGACAGUAAUCACAGAUGUCAGUACGGUUGUGACAACUUUUUAGGGGGUUACCGGUGCAGUUGCCCCAAAGGCUACACCCAGCACCACCAGUGGAACCAGUGUGUUGAUGAUAAUGAGUGCUCCACUCGCGGCACCUGUGGCACGGCGUCGUGUUACAACACGUUGGGCAGCUUCAAGUGCGCCUGUCCACCUGGAUUCAACUUCGAGCAGCUCUCCAGCAGCUGCCAAGAUGUGAAUGAGUGCUCCUCCUUUAAAAACCCCUGCAACUAUGGCUGCUCCAACACCCAGGGAGGCUACAAAUGCAGCUGUCCUCCUGGGUACUACAGAGUUGGCCAAGGGCACUGUGUGUCCAGUCUGGGCUUUGGAAAGCAUCCUCUUGGAUCUGCCAGUGCAGCAGGAACAGUGGAAGAUAACAAUCUCUCUCCUGAAGGCUGUUAUAAUUGCAAUGUGAACAGACCAAAUAAUAGAGGAAUCCGGAAGAGACACACCAUCGACCAGUCUGAGGAGGAAGCUCCAGUAGACCUGGACAGUGUGGACAUGGAUCAGCCUUUGCUACUGGUAAUCAACAUAUCCCUCUGCACCCACAACCACCACAUCCUGGAGCUGGUGCCUGCCCUCAAACCCCUCGUUUAUCACGUCACGUAUAACAUCACAGGGGGCAAUCAGGACGACAUCUUCCAACUCAGGCAGCUCGAAGAGCUCAGCUACCUGCACUGCAUGCCUGAGAAAGCGUUUCCAGGGUUUUAUAAUUUGAUGAUCAGCAGCUCUCCACUCUAUGAUCAUGCAGAGCUGCUGCAGUUAGAGGACAACAGGGACAGAGACUACCUCUCAGGUGAACUAGGGCAGAACCUGCACAUGAAGCUGCACAUUAUAUUACAGUAACGCAACACUGUGCCGAACUCACCAAAAAACCAGCAGCUCUUCUCUGGGAGAAUUCUCCAGCAGUGGGUUUGAUAGAUCAGUGUUUUACAUUUUACUCAAGUGUAUAAGUUUUAUUAUCAGGGGAUUUCAUGGUGCUAUUAGAAAACACGAAUUAGCUCUAAUUACGGGUCACAUCUUCCCUAUAUGAGGAGCCAUAGCUUUGUACAUGCUCUCAUUCCAAUCAUUCUUGUGCAGCCUAAAUCACACUUUAACACCAAUUAAUGGCAAUUCUUAUAAAAUAGCACAUAAUAGAUUUUAAUGUAAUAUACAGUAACCCAUUAAAUAUAGUCCUGACUUCCCAAAGGUAGUUGUGUUUUUACUAGUUAAACACUCAAAGUGUAUAUUGAUUAAUGUAAUUAUAGGUAGCUUUUCUUUGAAACUGAUUUUGUAUUUAUAAUAAUUUUUUACGUUUAUUUGGCUAACAAAAGUAUUGAAUAAAUGUAUAAUUGCUGAUUAAUAUUAUAAGCAAAAUGAUAAAAAUUUCAACAACAAAAAAAUCAAUCAAGAUUGUUCUGUUUAUAUACUGUAACAUUGAAAUACAAUAUGAUAUUUUUUCAUACAGAGUUCACUUUUUAGUCUUUAAUACUGUAUAUACUGUUGGGGGUGGUUGGGGGGGGCACAAUCCUUUAUUACAUUUUGCAAUAGUACUACCUUUUUUAUUUAUUUUAUUUUUUUGCAUUUAUUCAACAACGUAAAAGCAACUGGAAUGGAAAGUGACUAUCCGUCCACUAUUACUGACAGUCAGAUCCACAAUUAGAACAGGGAUCUCAGCUACUGAUAAUAACAUGGCUGUUGGUGCCAGAUGGCCUGGAUUGAGGAUUUAAGGAACGACUGAUAAAUUCACAAAAAUGUUUUACGCAGAAAAGUGUGAAAAACAAGGAGAAUGUCCAGACUUAAUUCAUGCGUUCGUGGUCAAACCCAAAUCACUGCUCUGUAAAACAGUGUUAAGGAGAAAAGCAUCUUAGAACAUCACCAUUCUUUAUCCAGUCUACCUGCAAACCUUCCAUCAGCACAUGCACACUGGUGUGUGUCAAAAUAGCAGCAGCUUCAAGAAUACCCUAUAAAAUCCGAUCUGCUUCUCACGUUUUCCUUUGAGAUUAAGCUAAUUAACUCCAAAGUUAAGUUAAGUAUCAAUUCUUGAAUUGACAUAUAAAAUAGUAAUAAUCCCAAGGAAUAACUGAUGCUAUAUGUAAAAUAAAAAAAUUAUAAAUGAAAUGUAAUAAUAAUUGAAAAAUAUAUGUGCAUUUGAGAUCAUAUGCACGGGUUUAUGUUUAAACCUAGUAAAAAGAUAUUAAAAUAUUCUUAAUUAUUUUCACUUGUAUGGGGGGGGGGGAAGGGGGAUUUACAAGGCAGAGGACGUUAUGCAUAAUUAAGACCAAAAAAGAAGAUUGAAUAAAACAAGUUUGUUUAUUAUUAUAUUUUAUUAGAAGACAAAAGUGAACAGUAUUCUGUGGUUUUAGAGUUUAGAGUUUAGUUCAGUACUGUCCCAGAUUCAAUUAGGAUACAGAAGCAAGUGAAUUCAGCAUUUUAAAUUGCAGGCAGGAAUAUUACAAUAUCGAAAGCAGGAUUUAGUGUAAAUUCUGUUGAGUGAAUAUUUUUUUUUAUGUUUAGAAGCUGUGUAGAAAAUAUCUUUAAAAAGCUUAAAGAGUUAAAUUUGAGUUUAUUCUGUAAAAGAAAUGGCAUUUUUAAAUAAAAAUAAAAAUAUACUGAUAAUGUAAACUCUUUAAAUAACGGGAUAUAGGAAUUGCUUUACAAAUGAAUGGGUAGUGUGAGAAAAUCCACAAAUAUGCAAAUGUUUCAUUUCAUUUAUAUUUUUUUGUCGUCCCUUAAUUAAUUUCCAUUUCCUACAGCCCCUUUCCUAAUACCCUCAUAAUCACAUAUGAAUACAUGACUAUUUAUAGAAAAAAAAUUGUACAUUUAUAAAUAAAAUGUUUGAACAAUU